CUUCUUUAUAUAAUCUGGAUGAGUCUUAAAAACAAGGGCAGGAAAUAAAAUCAUAAGCAUAAAACAAAUAUUGAUGAGGAAGGCAUUUAAAAAAAAGAUUUUUCAAUUAUUUUAAGAACUAAAUGGACACCUGAGGAAGAUUAAAAUUUAAUUGCUUAUGUUUCACUAUAUGGUCAUCGUUGGCUUAUGGUAGCAUAACAAAUGGAAUAAAGAAAUGCUUCUUAAUGUUGUUAGAGAUGGAAGAAAAUUAAAAAGUCCUAAGGCUUUCAAACAUAUAAGGCUAAACGAUGGACUUAAAAUGAGGAUCAAACUUUGUUAAGAAUUUUUAAGGAGGUGGGUCCAUCAUGGAAUACCAUAGCUCGAUAAAUGAUAAAUAAAACAGGUAAAUAAGUUAGAAGAAGGUUUAAAAAUGUUCUAGAUCCAAAUCUUAAUCAUAGUCCUAUGACUGAGGAUGAAGAUUAAAGAAUUUACUAAGAAUAUUUAAAGAAUGGACCUUAAUGGAGUAAAAUAUCAGAAAAAAUGACAGGGAGAUCUGUAUAAUAUUGAUCAUUUAUAUAAUAGGAAAAUAUGGUAAAAAAUCGCUUCUAUACAUAUAUAAAAGAAAAAUACUUAAAUUAGCCUAAUCCUUAUUUCAAAGUAAAACCUUAUGAUGAAAUAAACAUGGGAGAAGGUUUAAAAGUUUUUCUUUUAUACUAAAAUAGUUAAUUCAAACAUGAAUUAUAUGAAUAAUUUAAUUAAGAUUUAUAUAAUGACUCCAAUUAAAUAAUUGACAAUAAUCAAUAAAGUUGUAAUUGGAGCAUUGAAUCAAAAGGUCAAAUACUCAAGAAUCUGAAAUGA